ACUAAACAAGUGUAUGGUCCAUUAAGAACCCAAAACAUAUGAUUAACAAGAAAAUAAAAGUUAACCAAAUAAAUGGGGUGUUUAAGGCUAGGAUUAGUACCAAAUUAUCAUCAUAAUCCUUCAUUAUUGAAUUCUAGAUCAUCCUUAAUCUUGCACAAGUAUAAAACUGGGUUUCUACCAUGUUCUUCAUUUCCCUCAAAUAAAAACUUAUUCCGAUUAAUUACCAUCACAAAUCCAAUCAAAUUGAACAAAGUUAGAGCUUGUUCAAAUUCAACCGAAAAAACAAUGGUGAAAGCAAUUAGGGUUCAUGAAUUUGGCGGUCCAGAGGUAUUGAAGUGGGAGGAUGUAGAAGUAGGAGAACCAAAGGAGGGUGAAAUCCGCGUGAAAAAUAAAGCAAUUGGGCUUAAUUUUAUUGAUAUUUACUUCCGCAAGGGAGUUUAUAAGAGUCCAACAAUGCCCUAUACUCCAGGAAUGGAAGCAGUAGGAGAGGUGGUAGCUGUAGGUCCUGGAUUAACUGGCAGAAAGGUGGGUGAUCUUGUUGCUUAUGCUGGUAGUCCAAUGGGUUCAUAUGCAGAGGAGCAGAUCCUUCCUGCUGACAGAGCUGUCCCUGUUCCGCCUUCUGUUGAUCCUAUCACUGCAGCAUCUAUCAUGCUCAAGGGAUUGACAGCUCAAUAUUUAGUCCGUAGCAGCUUCAAGGUUGAAGCUGGGCAUACUGUUCUUGUACAUGCGGCUGCGGGAGGGGUAGGAUCUCUGUUAUGCCAAUGGGCAAAUGCCCUUGGUGCUACUGUCAUUGGCACUGUCUCAACAGAAGAGAAAGCAGCUCAAGCUAGAGAAGAUGGUUGUCACCAUGUGAUAAUCUACAAGGAAGAAGAUUUUGUGUCUCGUGUUAAAGAUAUAACAGCUGGCCAAGGGGUAGAAGUUGUCUAUGAUUCUGUUGGAAAAGACACUUUUCAGGGAUCACUGGAAUGCUUGAAACUCCGGGGAUACAUGGUUCUGUUUGGUCAGUCUUCAGGUUCACCAGAUCCCGUUCCAUUGUCAGCGAUUGCAGCAAAAUCCCUCUUCUUAACGAGACCCACCCUUAUGCAUUACACCAUAACUCGGGAUGAGCUUCUAGAAGCUGCUGGAGAGUUAUUUGCAAAUGUUGCUUCAGGUGUUUUACGAGUUCGUGUUAAUCAUAAGUUUCUACUGUCACAAGCAGCUGAGGCUCAAACAGCACUUGAGAACCGACAAACAACUGGAUCAGUUGUGUUGAUACCAGAUGCUUCACUAUGAGGUCUUACUAUUAAAAAACUGUGUUUGUCACUUAUGUAUCGUGUUCAAGGUAGUUUUAGGGUGAGUACGGGUUCUGUGUAAUUACACAAGGAUCUUUUGUCUAUGUUACUACUAGAAGAAUGAGGUUUCAUCAUAAUUCAUGUUAUGUAAGCGACCAAACAUUAAUUUUUCCUGCGAGGUCUAAACUUUCACUUGCCAAUAAUGAAUAAAUGUUUGUUUGGUAUCA